AUGAACAGAAUACCUUAUUGCCUCUCCAAUUUUUCAAGUUCUAAGUCAACUCCCAUAUAAUGGAUAAAGAAUAAGUUGAAUCUCAAAAAUACCAGAGGACAAUUAAUAUUCAAUGACAUUGAAGCAUACAUCUUCGGAAAUCAAUUUAACUCAAAAAUUCAAUGCGAUCAAAUUCUAAUUAGAUACAAUUUUCUCAUAGUUCAUAUCUGGCUUGUUCAAUAGGCACUACAAUAGCAUUACCUAAAAAAUUACUUGAUUAAACAAUAACUUGAAAGCAUCCUAUAUAAAUCAGCCUCCAAUUAUAUCUAUUAGUUUGAUGAUAAUUACAAUUAAGAAAUGAAACAAGAACUUGAAAGGAAUUAAGAAGUCUUAUAAUUUGUCUUGGAUGAUUAUUAUAACUAUUAAUUUAAGAAGAAGAGUUUAGAAUAGAUUGUAUUUGAAGAUAUUUUGCUUCGCCAACAAUGUGAAAAACAAAAAGUAGACAAAAUAUGUACUUACAUAACCAACAAUUACAAUCAUAUGUUAAAAUACGAUCAAGGAGUCUUAAGGGGAGAAAAUGAAAAGAUCCUUUGGGUUGAAUGAAUAUCAAUUGUAUUUAAGUAGAAUUAGUUAAUUUAAUUAUUAUGAAAUGUUAUGGUA